AUGACCUUCCGCUUCUUUCACCUACCACGCGAGAUCCGUGAUAGGAUAUACUGCCAUCUACGCACCGUCGGAUCCUUCUCUCUCGAGCGCUACGACGGAGAUGUUAUCAAAGCGUCGAUCGAUGUCAAGGUCUCUCCUUUGCAUCUUCUGGUCAGCAAGCAAUUUAAGAAUGAAUUUGUCGCGGUCGUCUUCUCUGGCGCAACACUCGCUCUCGGUCCCACCUCUCUUUAUCAAGAAAAAAGACAUGUGCUUCCGGCCCUGAUUAUUGAUAAUGUCAAGACUUGCAAGGUCGACUUCUUCGUUCCAUAUGGAGUUCAUAAGGUGCAGAAGGAAGUUCGGCUCAACACUAUUUGCGAUGCGGAUGUUUUCCUUGAUUUGCCAAUUGAGGAAGGAGAGCGGAUUGGCGACGUACUGGACUUUGACGACGACCAAGACGAAGAGGGCGAGGAUUUUGAGGACGUAUCAGAACCAGAGACCGAAUGGGAAGACACUGUUGAAGGGCUGGAUUUCUCAGAUUGUGAAGAUGCUGACGUAGGGCAAACGACUCCAGCUCCGGCCUGGCUCUUUCGUCGUCUUUCGCAGCUCCGUGCUCUUCAAUCUGUCGAGCUCAUCGUCACAUCCGGCGAGCCAAUGCCUGCUCGUGAGGACGAUGGCCCAGCCGACACCUUGCAGCUCAUUGCAACCGAGCUGAAAGAUCUGCUUCGGGUUCCAUUAUUGAGCAAACUCGACGCUCGUCGCGUUGUUGUCAAGGAUUACGGCUUUCACGACACCAAGUUCGCUGGUGUUCAGCGCUGCGGAAUCUGGACGGCAGAAUCUGGUUGGAGGAUUCCCGAAGAGGUGCAGGCCGCUGGGCUGGAACUUGGGACGGAUGAGUGCACUGGAUGGAGAUGUGGUGACCCGACAUGCCUUGGAAUUGGCAGUAAGCAUCCAUAUCCGAGGAAGUGGUUCAAGACUCCUCAGCAGGUGGAGAGGGAGUUGGGCAAGCAGAGAGAAUGA